UCGUCUUCGUCUUCGCCUCGUCGUCCCCUUCUUCAAGAAGAAGGCAACGAAACCGACCUCGCGCCGCCUCCCACCUUCCCGUUUCUUCUUUCUUGCGCCGCAAGAACGCGAAUAGCUUUAUCUACCGCCGCUCUCUUCCACUCCGGCUCGCCGCGCGUCGCCUGCCUCGCUCCCACCGUUUCCGUCUCGCCGGAAUCCUCCCCCCUCCGCCCGCGGAUACAGUUGUCCCCGGUCGGUGUCGAUAUGGUGUUCAGUCUGAGAACUGCAUCGCCUUGCAUCUCCAGAACAAAAAAAGAGGCUACUCCCUUGGUAGCUGGGUUGUCAGUAGCUGCUGCUGCAAUGGGAAGCAGAUAUAUGCUCCAGGCAUGGCAAGCCUUCCGGACCCGUGCAGCAAUGCCACGAGUGCGGCGGUUCUACCCUGGUGGAUUCGAGAGAGAAAUGACAAGAAGAGAGGCGGCACUGAUCCUUGGCGUAAGAGAACGUGCUGCAUUCGAUAAGAUCAAGGAGGCUCACAAGAGGGUAAUGGUAGCCAAUCACCCUGAUGCUGGUGGGAGCCAUUACAUCGCUUCGAAGAUAAAUGAGGCAAAGGACAUGCUGAUGGGGAAAGGAAAAUCUGGUUCCAUGUUUUAAUCUGUCUAAAAGGAAACAGAAUUUUGUUUUUGCCAUGACCAUGAUGACUUGUAGUGGUUCAUGUUAAUCGACCUUAACAUGCUGUGCUGAUUGUACCAUAGAUCUGAACCAAAAAACAAAUGCAAGUUACUGGAUUGAGUAACUCAAUAUCCUGCUAAAGUAUAUUGUUCAGAGCCUCCA